AGUUGAGGGCCGGUACUGUCUCUUCCUCUCCACGCGGUUGAGGAGACCGGUCGGCUUGAGCAGGUUGUGCUGAAUAAUGCCGGGAAAACUCCGUAGUGACGCCAGUUUGGAAUCAGACACAACUGUGAAAAAAGCAGAGAUGCUGCGAAAGCAAGCUGAGAAGAAAAAUAGAAGGGAGAAGCCAAAAUCGAGUAAGACUGAAGAGGCAGCAGAAGAGGCAGAAACUAUUCCCCGCAAAGCUAAACAAAUUAAAAAGAAAGCAGGACCUUCUGAGGUUGACAUGAACUCUCCUAAAUCCAAAAAGGCAAAAAAGAAAGAGGAGCCAACUCAAGAUGACAUUGUUUCUCCUAAAACCAAAAGUGUGAAAAAGAAAAAGGAGCCCUUGGAAAAGAAAGUUGUUUCUCCUAAAACCAAAAAUAUAAUCAGCGAGGAGCCUUCUGAAGAAGAAAUAGGUGCUUCUAAGCCCAAGAGGAUGAAGAAAGAAAAGGAAGUGAAUGGAGAAAUAGGAGAGAAGAACCCAGAACUGAAGAAUGGAUUCUCUCAUUCUGAACCUGACUCUAACUCCAGUGAAGCUGCCAGUGAAGAAAGUAACAGUGAGAUAGAGCAGGAAAUACCUGUGGAACAAAAAGAAGGGGCUUUCUCUAAUUUUCCCAUAUCUGAAGAGACUGUUAAGCUUCUCAAAGGCCGAGGGGUGACCUUCCUGUUUCCCAUACAAGCAAAGACUUUCCAUCAUGUCUACAGUGGGAAGGACUUAGUUGCACAGGCGCGGACAGGAACUGGGAAGACAUUCUCCUUUGCCAUCCCUUUGAUUGAGAAACUUCAGGGAGAACUGCAAGAGAAGAAAAGAGGUCGUUCCCCUAAGGUACUAGUUCUUGCACCUACAAGAGAGUUGGCAAAUCAAGUAAGCAAAGACUUUAGUGACAUCACAAAAAAGUUGGCAGUGGCCUGUUUUUAUGGUGGAACCCCCUAUGGAGGUCAAAUUGAACGCAUGCGGAAUGGGAUUGAUAUCCUGGUUGGGACACCAGGUCGCAUCAAAGACCACUUACAGAAUGGCAAGCUAGAUCUUACCAAACUUAAACAUGUUGUCCUGGAUGAAGUUGAUCAGAUGUUGGAUAUGGGUUUUGCUGAUCAAGUGGAAGAGAUUUUAAGUGUUGCAUAUAAAAAAGAUUCUGAAGACAAUCCCCAAACAUUGCUUUUUUCUGCAACUUGCCCUCAGUGGGUAUUUAAUGUUGCUAAGAAAUACAUGAAAUCUUCAUAUGAACAGGUGGACCUGAUUGGUAAAAAGACACAGAAAACGGCAAUAACUGUGGAGCAUCUGGCUAUCAAGUGCCACUGGACUCAGAGGGCAGCAGUGAUUGGGGAUGUGAUCCGAGUGUAUAGUGGUCAUCAAGGACGCACUAUCAUCUUCUGUGAAACCAAGAAAGAAGCCCAGGAGCUGUCACAGAAUUCAGCUAUAAAGCAGGAUGCUCAGUCAUUACAUGGAGACAUUCCACAGAAGCAAAGGGAAAUCACCCUGAAAGGUUUCAGAAAUGGUACUUUUGGAGUUUUGGUGGCAACCAAUGUUGCUGCUCGUGGAUUAGACAUCCCUGAGGUUGAUUUGGUUGUGCAAAGCUGUCCACCAAAGGAUGUAGAGUCCUACAUUCAUCGUUCUGGGCGGACGGGUAGAGCUGGAAGGACAGGGGUUUGCAUCUGCUUUUAUCAGCACAAGGAAGAAUAUCAAUUAGUACAAGUGGAACAAAAAGCGGGAAUUAAGUUUAAACGAAUAGGUGUCCCUUCUGCAACAGAAAUAAUAAAAGCUUCCAGCAAAGAUGCCAUUAGGCUUUUGGAUUCUGUGCCUCCCACUGCCAUUGGUCACUUCAAGGAGUCAGCAGAGAAGCUGAUAGAGGAGAAGGGAGCUGUGGAAGCCCUGGCGGCAGCAUUGGCCCAUAUUUCAGGUGCCACAUCAGUAGACCAGCGCUCCUUAAUCAACUCAGAUGUGGGUUUUGUGACCAUGAUCUUGCGGUGCUCAAUUGAAAUGCCAAACAUUAGUUAUGCUUGGAAAGAACUUAAAGAGCAACUGGGGGAGGAUGUUGAUUCCAAAGUGAAGGGAAUGGUCUUCCUCAAAGGCAAGCUGGGUGUUUGCUUUGAUGUACCUACUGCAUCAGUAAAAGAAAUACAGGAGAAAUGGCAUGAUUCACGACGCUGGCAGCUCUCUGUGGCCACGGAACAACCAGAGCUGGAAGGACCACGAGAAGGAUAUCGAGCCUUCAGGGGUCAGCGGGACGGCAGUCGAGGCUUCAGGGGACAGCGGGAAGGAAACAGAAGCUUCAGGGGACAGCGGGAUGGCAGUCGAGGCUUCAGGGGACAGCGGUCAGGAGGCGGCAACAGAAGUAAUAGAUCCCAAAACAAAGGCCAGAAGCGGAGUUUUAGUAAAGCAUUUGGUAAAUAAUUAGAAGUAGAGGAUUUUAUAGCAAAAAGAGAAUUAUGUUUGGAAACAGAACUGAACAUUAUUUUUUAUACAAAGUUACAAGCAUAUUGUGCUUCCUUUUGACCACUUGCCCAGUCCAUCUCUUUCAGACAGAUAAGCUUCAUCUAAAUUAUUUCAUCUGAUCAUUUUCAUUUUAACUUUAUUUCUACUUCUUUAUCAGGUUUUCGUUUUGAAAAGGUGUUGGAAAUUCAUUUCACUUUUACUCUAAUGCAUUGUCUAUAGGUUACAAGGUAAAAAUCAAGCAUGUAUCUGACUACACUUUGUAAGUUGACCUGUUUUUAUACUUAAAAGUGUCUCUUAACAGUGUCCUUCCUUAAAGUAAAUAGGGAAUGUAACAGUCUCUGGAGGACCAUUUUGAGCCUUUGGAAGUCAAAGUUCUGUAAUUGGCAUCCCUUGGCCACCUGCCAAACAAUUACUCACAUGGUUCUAUAACAUGUCUUCUGAGACUUAAUACUGAGCAAUGAUUUGAAACAAGAUUUCAGAUUUAGCUGGGGGGGUUGUAAUACAGUUUAUGCCAUUGUACGCUCUAGAUUUGGAGGAUGUAGUACAUUCGAUAUAGAUUACCCAUAGUUACGUGCAUUUUGGUACAUUUUUAGCUUGUUAUUAUAAGGUGAUUCAUGCUUCUGUGAAUUCUUCACAGAUAGUGUAUAUAGAAGUACAUUUUAAUAGAAAGCCACUGUCUUUAAGGAAUUCCAAAUAUAUAAGAUGGCUCCAUAGCUUUCUUUGUAAGUAAGAAGGCUGGAUAAAUGGUGCUUAAAUGACAAUGUACUCCACUUCUUCCUAUUGGAAGAUUAACUUUAUUUACCAAGAAGGAAUUAAGGGAGGAGGGUUCACAGAUGAGCAUUGCUGAAAAGUAUGUCACAAAAACCCACUGGAAAUAUUCCUCACGUGCAAGAGGGAAACAAAUUCAUAAUUGUGGAGAGCAAAGAGAACAAGUAAAGAUGCAUGAUUCAACAUUCUUUUAAUGGUGAAAACUUAAUGGAUCAUUAAUGUUUCUAGAGGUUAACUUCUAGUGGGUAAGAUUUGGUUUUUAGGUAGAAUGAUUCUUCCAUUUAGUUUCUCCAAUGGCUUUGUUCCUAAAGCUACUGUAUAGGUGGCUUUUCUGUUAAACAGCUUCUCUACUGAAAGGUUUUUAGCUGCUUAGAGACUUCCUUUUAAGACAAACUGUAUGGUUAUUUUAAGUUGUUGAUUUGAGGGAACUGAAGAACUUAAUGUAGCCCCUGGCCAGAUAACACUCUGCCCGAUUUCACAGAUGUUAUUUCUCUGGGAAACGUUCUACAUAGCACAGGAGCUUGAGAGUGGCAUUGUCUUCAUGCCUUCAUUCCUAGAGAUUCUGUAUUGGGAAUCCUGGAACAAACUAUGAUAGGAAAAUUAAAACUACGUGGUCUGUCUUUGUUUUCGUUCAGUUUGAACAACUAAAAUCUUUCUAGGUUGUGGUUUCUCUCACUUAACCCAAUCUUUAACUGCUGUUUUCUUCUUCCUUUUUUUUGUGGUGCUGGGAAUGAGAGGCCCCGCCAGAAGCCAGGCACACAUGCUUCCUCUAACUGCUGUUUUCUUGAUCACCUUGCAGUAGGGGCUCUCAUAGCCAACUCAACUCCUGAUCCUCGAGGCAACAUCCUUUUUCUAUUGGAACUUCAGUUCUAUCCUUGAAUCCUGACUAUAUGUUUCUUUCCCUCAGUUCUCAGAAUUCUCUUAUCUUUUAUUCCUUGAUCCACUUGUCAAUUUUAUCAGUCUACUCCUGGUUCCUCAUGGUUUCUCAUCAAGCCACAAGGAAUUAGGGGAAGAUGUUUGGUGAUAGUCCACAUAUAUUAAUACCUUGUGGGUUAUAAUUUAUUAGAUUCUGGUUUUGCCCAAAUUAUGAGUAUGCUUUAAUAAGAACCAGAGCAUUUCAUGAUUUGGGUAGGAAUUAAGUACCUUAUCAAGUGGAUUAAAUGAUAUGGUACCUGUCCUUUGGGAAGGAAUAGCUAAAACCUUGAUGUGGGUUAUGGAUUAGCCUAAAGAAAAAUAAUAAGGCAUAAAUCAAGAGAAAUAGGGAAGAAUAAUAGGAAUUUCACUUCACAUAACUUAAUUUUAAGAAAAACAUAACUGUUUGAAUAAAUGAAACUAAUGUUUCUCUUGGAUUCAAAUCGUAUUUAUAAAUGUAUAAUGUACUCAGCUACUAUUUGGUUUAAAUCGACUUGGGAAAUGUUGUCAUUUUUACUAUUUUCUACAGAGAAAAUAUUUUCUAAUUAUAUAUCAUACAACUCAAUGGACUUUAAAAUUACAACCCAUUUUUUAAGUUGGAGCUAUCUGUGCAGCAGUUACUCUAUAGUUGUACAUAAAAUGUUUCUACUGUAAGCUGAGUUAAUGUAUGAAAUACUGCCUUAUGGCAUUAAUAAAGAUAGUAAUACUUUG